AUGGCACUCGCCGUCACGCGAUCAAGAGUGUUACAGAUCUUCUCACAAUUCCCCCAUUCUCUCACCACGAGGUGUACUUCGUUAGAGCGCUUCAGCAAGGGAAACGCUCUCCAUGGUCUUGGGCUUCCUGAACCAAAUGUCUUCUUUGGGGGUAAAUCUUCUCAAUGA